AUGAACGGAUUAAGCAUAAGUGAACUCUGUUGCCUUAUUUGCUGUCCUCCUUGUCCGUCGAAAAUAGCAGCAAAGCUGGCGUUUUUUCCACCGGAGCCGACGUACAGUUUCACGCCGUGCGAAACGGGUUCGAAAUACACGUUGAACUUUACCGAGAAAGCGGAAUGGCAACAUUUGGAACACGAGAAGGAAAAUCUGGAAGGGUUUUACGCGAGGACCGUCAGAGGCAACACGAUCGCCUGCCUCUUCGUUAGGUGCAGUGUAAACGCAAGAUUCACGAUAUUGUUUUCUCACGGAAAUGCGGUGGACAUAGGACAGAUGAGCAGUUUUUACCUCGGACUCGGAACGAGGAUAAACUGCAACAUAUUCAGUUACGAUUAUUCGGGAUACGGUGCGAGUUCGGGUAAACCAUCGGAGAAGAAUCUGUACGCGGACAUCGACGCUGCGUGGCACGCACUCAGAACGAGCUACGGUAUAAGCCCGGAAAACAUAAUACUGUACGGACAGAGCAUAGGAACAGUGCCCACGAUAGAUCUUGCCAGCAGAUACGAAGUGGGUGCAGUGAUAUUGCAUUCGCCACUAAUGUCUGGAAUGAGAGUAGCUUUUCCAAACACCAAAAGAACUUGGUUUUUCGAUGCCUUUCCCAGUAUUGACAAAGUGCCUAAAGUUACCUCACCGGUGCUGGUUAUACACGGAAUGGAGGACGAAGUGGUUGAUUAUUCGCACGGAGUGGCUAUAUACGAAAAAUGUCCUCGUGCGGUGGAACCCUUGUGGGUUGUGGGUGCGGGACACAACGACGUCGAGCUGUACCAUCAAUACUUGGACAGACUAAAACAGUUCGUCACGGUCGAACUAGCCUCGUCGGACGAAUUCGACGAAGAUACCCUGGCGGAUGUGUUCUCGUGCGACGAAAAUUUCAAAAAAGAUCCAAUUACUACAAUAACUUCUAAUAAUACUACUACGAAUCCUCUUCGGAAAAAGACUGAUAAAAACGGUACUCAGGGUAACGUGUCGAAAAGGAACGGUGUUCCCGUCGAAGGAAAGAGCACGAACGAUAAAGGCGAAGGCAAUGCGUUAGCAUCGAGCGCGAACGCACGGAAUAACGGAAACGGUAGCGAAAGCGGAAGCGGAGUCGGUAGCGGAAACAGCAGUAGCAGCGUCAGGAGCAGCAACGGAAACGGUUCCAAGUGCGAAGCAAGAGGAAGAGAAAAGAUCAAGAUAAAUACAGAUCCGAUGGAAAUGAAGCCCUUGCUCAAACCCGCUUUCCUUUCGCCGAGUUUCGGAAAACGUUUAUCGGAGCCUUCCGGACGAUCCGGUCAUCACGGAAACAAUUCGGGAAUCACGACUCACAACAACUUGUUCGAGAAAGACGAAUUGAGAAGUCCGACGCUCCUCGAAUUACAAGCACUGAAAUCGGGACAAUAUUCGGAUUUAUUCGAAACCGCUUGCGAAAUAGAAUGUUACGAAUCUCACAAAAGCAUAGCAUCUCCGAAAUCGUCUUCGUCCUCGUCUUCGAAGUCCAUCUCGACGAAGAGUUCGCACGGCGGUAAUGGAAAAAAAAAAUUGUCGUCGUCGUCGUCGUCAUCGUCGGGGAAAAAGAAUCUCAGAGACGGUGUCGUGAAAUGUCAUUCGGCGACUUCGAGUCCGGUACGACUCCGAUCGAGUGCCGUUGACCGGGAAAUAGACCGGGAAUCUUGGAUGAAAAACGAAAAGCAUAAGGAAUCUUCUAGAAUUGCAACUAUAAAGAAAAUAGAAACGUCCUGCGCUACCGAGAAAUUAUCAGAGAUGAAGAAAGAUCCGGUCGAAAGUAAAUCUCCAGAUUUCAAGGAUUCGAACAAUGGGAAGUUUUCUAACGGCGGACACAACGGACAAUCAAUCACCACACUGCAGCCAUCCGAAAAGUCAUCGACGUUGUGGACGACGACUGCGGUGAGCAAAGACGAGGAUGGACAAAGAUCAUGUCUCGCGUCUAAAACCACGACGACGACGAUGGAAAACGAGAGCAGAUCGUUGACCAAGUCCAAUGAUCCUAAACACGUGAUAGAAACGACUUGCUAA